ACCUUAACAGGAGUGUGUGUGUGUGUGUAUGUGAAGUAUAGCUGAGUAAGUGAGUAAGUGCAAGACUUCAAGUGACUGCAAGUGUGUGUGCAAACUCUUGCAAUGAAGCCUCUACUGUUCAUCCUCUUCCUCAUCAAAUGGCUUCCGGAUUCGCAUGCUGUGGAAAAGAUACAGGAGUUCUUCAUUGCCGCAGUGGAGACGAGCUGGGACUACCUGAACACUGGGGCUACAGAUCCAGCUGUAAAUCAGAGGGGAUCCAGCGGUCAGAAAUUUGUCAAGGCCGUGUACACUGAAUUUACAGACUCCACUUUCACCAUCCCGAAAACAGAACCUCCAUGGGCGGGAAUUCAGGGUCCUACGAUCCGAGUAGAGGUGAAUGACAGAGUAGUGGUCCACUUCAAGAACUUUGCCUCGUAUCCUUUCAGCAUUUCUCCGAUCGGCAUUCCCUACUGGAAACAAUCUGAAGGUGCUGGUUACGAGGACUCCACAUCACUCCAGGAGCAGGGGGAUGAUGCGGUCCAGCCUGGUGGAUAUUAUAAAUAUGUGUGGGACAUUCAUCCGAACAGUGGACCCACCAUCACAGACCCUGAGUGCCUCACAUACUCGUACUCCUCACAGGUGGACAUUGUGCGAGACUUAAAUUCGGGACUCAUUGGUGCUUUCCUCAUCUGCAAAUCAGGUUCACUAACCGAGGACCGUCAACGGAAGAUACCCGAGUUUGUGCUGCUAUUUGCCGUAUUUGAUGAAAGUAAGAGUUGGUACAGGGACGUGGGCAGAGCAGCUAAACUGAGGAAAUCAUCUGAUCGCCAACAGUUUCACACCAUCAACGGAUACGUCAAUUCCACACUAAAAGCUCUGAAGUUUUGCCAGAAGAUUCCAGAAGUUUCCUGGCACUUUAUUGGUCUGGGCUCCACUCCAGACAUCCACACCAUUCAGUUCCAAGACCACACAUUAAAAAUAAUGGACCAUAGACGGGUUACACUGGAAAUAGCUCCUAUGACCCUCACUACCGCCCUGCUCAAGCCAAAUGCUGUAGGAAAGUUUCUGAUUUCCUGCAGGAUCCACUCACAUCGGCAAGCUGGUAUGAGUGCCUUCUUUACUGUGGAGAACUGCCCAGAAUCCAACGAGCUGCCUGAAAAGCGAAAUGUCCAGCAAACUUUCGAUAAAGAUGAUAAUGAUGAAGACUACCCAAUGGAUAAUCUUUUUUCAGUUUUGUUCCGACCUGGUGGACCCCCAUCGGUUCUAAGGUCUGGUGGGAGACGCCCCAAAGUCUGGGUUCAUUACAUCAGUGCUGAGGAGGUCAUAUGGGACUAUAACCCUCAGGGUGACCGACCUUUGAAGUCGGAGCCGUCCAUUCAACCAACACAGCGCUUGGGUGAAGUCUAUAAGAAGGUGGCUUAUGUCGAGUACACAGAUAGCACAUUUACAAAGAAGAAAAGCCAAAACAAUGCAUUGAUUGGGCCAGAGCUUAGGGGAGAAGUGAAUGACCAGUUUCAGAUUAUUUUUAAAAAUAUGGCUAAUCAACCAUAUAACAUCUUUCCAAAUGGACUUGUCAGCGUGCAGUCAGUGAAGAGGAGAGACAAGCAGGUGGACCUGCGCUCUCUGGCUGUCCCACCAGGUGAGAUAAUGAUGUACCUGUGGAAAGUGACAGCAGAGGAUGCGCCCAUAGAGGCCGACCCCCGCUGUCUGACACGCCUCUACCACAGCACUGGGGAUCCAGAACGAGACAUGGCGUCUGGCCUGGUUGGGCCACUUAUCAUUUGCAAAUCAGAGAGUUUGGACAAACGAGGAAAAGUGUUAUCCUCAGACAGAGAAAAACACCUCAUGUUCACCAUUUUUGAUGAAAACAAAAGCUGGUAUGCCGAUGAGAAUUUCAAGAAGUUCAGCGAAACCCAUUCCAAUAUCGAUCGCAAUGAUCCCAGUUUCUACAACGCUAAUGUCAUGCACAGCGUUAAUGGUUUCAUGCAUAACAGUCUACAGUUUAAGAUGUGUGUUGGUGAUGUUAUGCUCUGGCACGUGGCCAAUGUAGGUAUGCAGAGUGAUUUCCUGUCAGUGUAUUUCACCGGAAACCCGUUUGAAAGAGACAGAACCUAUGGUACAGUCCUUACACUUUUUCCAUUGAUCGGUGACACCGUCAUCACUGAGAUGGAGACUGAAGGUGAGUGGGAGAUUGGUGCCUUCGAUCCCACUCUAAAAGCAAAGGGAAUGAGUGUACGGUACUCUGUGUUUAACUGUGAACGAGAGCUCCCCCUGGUGGACACAGGUGAUUACGAGGACUUGGAGGAUCAAAUAGAUAAGCACUUCCAAAUCGCACGAGGUUUCAGGAGGAGGAAUCGAACUGUAACUAUCCAGGUUUGCCAAAAAGUGUCACGCAACACAAGCCAAACAAAGCAGGAAAACAACACCAAGAUCCCCUUAGAGAAAAAAGGGGAGAUGAACACCCUGGUAUGCAAGAGAAAACUUGUCCCACUGGAUGAAGGCGAGGACCUGGAUGUUCUCUCUCAGGGAGGAAUUCCACAGGAUAUUCUGGAUCAACUCAAUGAUGUGGAUAUGAGUUCUUCUAAACGCCAGAAGAGACUUGCUAUUGUAGACAAUGACACAGAAGCAGAGAGUGAUCAUCCUCCGUUUCGUUCCAACAGAACUGAUACAGAAUCGAUGAGUCAGAGUGAGUCGAAAGUGGAUGCCGUGGUUAGGAUGGAGGUCAAAAAAACAGUGAGAUACCAGGAUGUAGAUAACUCUAAAACAUCAACUCUAGAUAACAGUCAAUCUAUUGACCUGAUUAAGAAAUUCCUUCAAAAAUCAGGGAUGAAUACGACCUCCGAUUUGGCUAAUUUAACCGAGAGGACUCGAAGAGAGAUAUCGCAAACAAAUAUCAGUGAGGCCACAAAAAGAAACGAUGCAAUGAGUGACAAUGAUGUUCUAAAAGACCCAGUUCUACAGCAGGACAAACUGAUAGAAAGUCUAAAUCCUCCUAAAUAUAUCCACAAAGAUGUGCAACAUCUGGAUUUGAGCUCUCAGCUCUCAGAGCCCUCAUCAAACUCAUCACGGAACGACACUUACGUGAAAAACCUUCCAAACUUGGAGUAUGACGAUUACGAAGAUGAUGACAACAACACUACUCUGAGCUUACCCUCAAAUGACGAGCUUGAUAUCAGGUCUGGUGAAUCGAAAUUCCGUAGCUAUUACAUCGCAGCAGAGGAGGUUAUGUGGGAUUACGGGAUCGACAAACCUUCUCAAUUAAUCAGUGCCAGAGAGAUGAAGAGAGGAAUGAAAAAGUAUUUCCCAGCCUACAAAAAAGUUGUAUACCGAGCAUAUCAGGAUAGAGGCUUCAAGAACCCUGUGAAACGUGGCGAACUAGAUGAGCACCUUGGAAUUAUGGGUCCUGUGAUCAAGGUGGAGGUUAAUGAUGUCCUCACUGUCGUUUUUAAGAACACAGCCUCCAGACCGUACUCCCUGCACCUACAUGGGGUGUACGAUAGGACUAUGGUGAGCUCUGCACCACAGGGGGCGGAACUAAGGGAGGAUGAGGUACCUGGCGAUCCAGUGCCUCCUGGGGAAGAAAGGAUCUACAACUGGAGAAUUACCAAAAGACAAGGACCGUCAUCCAAAGACUUUGACUGCAAGGCCGGGGCCUAUUACUCUACAGUUAAUAUGGAGAAGGACAUUAACUCUGGUCUGAUUGGUCCGUUGCUGAUCUGUCGUCCAGGGACCCUCAAGCCACGUGUCCUCCUGCAACCGGGAGUGCAGGAUUUAUUCCUUCUGUUCACCAUUUUUGAUGAAACCAAGAGCUGGUAUCUGGAUUACAACAUCGCAAAGUUUUGUACAUCACCUUGCAAGGCCAAAUUAGAUGAUCCCUGGUUUGAGAGCAACAACAAAUUUGCUGCAAUAAACGGAUAUGUCGCAGAAACUCUACCUGGCCUGGUGGUGGCGCAGCACCAGACAUCUCGCUGGCACCUGCUUAACGUGGGCAGUGGUGGAGAGUUUCAUGCUGUCCACUUCCAUGGAUUACCAUUUAGCACUGGGAAACACGAAGAACAUCGCCUGGGCAUCUUCAACCUUUAUCCAGGUGCAUUUGGAAGCAUUGAAAUGAGACCAGGAGUAGUGGGCACAUGGCUGGUGGAGUGCACCAUUGGAGAUCACCAACUCUCUGGCAUGAGAGCCAAACUUCUUGUUUAUAACCCACAAUGUAUUCAGCCACUGGGAAUGCAGUCAGGAUGGAUCGAUGAUGACCAACUUACUGAAUCCGAUCAUUGGGAUAAAUGGGAGGCAAGAUUAGCCCGACUGCACUUAUCUGGAUCAGUAAACGCUUGGAUUGGCAACAGUGCAAAAUCCUGGCUCCAGGUGGAUUUGCUACGGCCAAUGGUGGUCCACGGGAUCCAGACCCAGGGCGCAAAAACGUCAUUUGGCCUGAAAGACAUGUUCACUGUGAUCUUUACUAUCAGCUAUAGUCUGGACCAGAAAACGUGGAAGACGUACAAAGGAAACAGCAGCGAAUUAGGAUAUAAAUUUAAUGGAAACCUGGAUGGCUCCAGGGUAAACGAGAACCUCUUUACUCCUCCAAUUAUCGGCCGCUACAUUCGCAUCCAUCCAAUCACAUACGUCACCAGGCCCACUCUGAGGUUUGAACUGCUGGGCUGCGACCUCAACAGUUGCUCGAUGCCGUUAGGAAUGCAAAGAAGACUGAUUCCCAAGAACUCGGUUAGCGCUUCCACCUUCCGGGAAAGCUGGAGAAAUUCGUGGUACCCAGACCUUGCCCGGCUCAACCAAGAUGGCAGCGCCAAUGCAUGGAGACCCAAGUCUAGUAACCCAUACGAGUGGCUGCAGGUGGACUUCCAGGUGGUGAAGAGAGUCACCGGCAUUGUCACACAGGGGGCCAAAUCUGUGUUCACAAGCAUGAUGGUAACCGAGUUCUCCAUCUCGGUUAGUGAUGACGGCCACAGCUGGGCCAUGGUCACCGAGCCGGGAACACAACAAGAGAAGAUCUUCGAAGGGAACAGCGAGCACGACGAGCAGAAGCUGAACGUGUUCGAGCCUCCACUGUUCACUCGAUUCAUUCGCAUCCAUCCAAAAGGAUGGGUUAAUGACAUCGCUCUGAGGGUGGAGUUCCUGGGCUGUGAUACACAACAAAGACUCUGAGAGACACCAUGUGUUUGUGUAUGUGUGUGUGAGAGAGAGAGAGAGAGAGAGAGAGAGAGAGAGAGAGAGAGAGAGAGAGAGAGAGAGAGAGAGUGAGUAAGAUAGUAAAAGUGUGUGAGUGAAGAAGAAGGAAUGUGAAUAAAAUGUAAGAGAAAUAUAAUGUUAGGGAAAAAAAGGAGGUAAUAGACACCGAAUGUAAAAUGUUUCUUUUAUUUUGCUGUAAAUGGAUUUCUAAACAGUUGGGACCUACUGAGAGAACAAUAUUUAUUACUAUAUAUUUAAGAAAAAGUGUAUAGACUAGGAUGCCUUUUCAUUAUGUAUACCUGUGUCACUUUAGGUAUAUGUACAGCUGCUAACAGUAGCCAGUUUGCUGUAUGUGUGUGUGUGUGUGUGUGUGGUGUUGCUGUACACUACAACUUUGUUGGUUCAGCUUCUAGGUGUACAGUUAGAGAGCAUAGUUUAUCGUUUCCCAUGCACAGUCUGCGUUAACCCUUUAUCUUUGGCCGUUUAUGACCACAGCGCUGCUGUUGUACCUGAUAACACUCAUGCAGAACACACACUGUUACCAUGGCAGUGUCACUGCUAAUCUAACAAGGGGGUUAUUGAAAAAUAUCUGGCCUUCUGUGCUUCCUGUGGUCCUUUAUAUUGAAUUACUAAUACAUUUUUCAUGGUCCAGUUAGUGACCUGUUCAUGUAGACCUGAUGAAAAGGCAAUUCAGUAUAUACAGGAAAUCAUAUGUAUUUAUAUUUAUUCUUAUUCUAUGUGUUUAUUCUGCCAGUCAGUAUUAUUUAUGACCUACGCAACAGAUCUCUAUCAGACAUGCUGCUCAUUACACGUCUUUAAAAAGCGUUUUCGAUCUGCUCACGUGACUACAAGAGGAUCAAAUAUCAGUAUACAUUCAUUUAUCAGCCACGUUAUCUUAGCCACAUGUACUGUCCCAUCUCGAGGACACUAUUAACACUACUAAUGUUUUAUUUGGAAUGUUGACGUUUGCACUGUGAAAGAAUUUAUAUGACUUCAUGUGAUGUGAUUUAUAAUGAAAUAAAAGGAUUAAAGCGUGAAA